GAGGUUUACAUUCCCCUCUCUCAGUCUGGGGCUUUUAAAAAAGAGCCGCUGGUCUCAAUGCCGGACGGGCUAUGACAGCUUCAGUGCUCCUCCAUCCGCGCUGGGCCGAGCCGGUGAUGUUCCUUUACGACAACAGCCUGGAGGAGAUGAACAAGAAUAUGGAUGGCUUCCCAGUGAGCAGCUUUGCAGCCAACCAGUGCAGGAAUCUAAUAGGGCACCACGCACCCCUGCCCCCCAGCAGCGCCUACCCCAGCAGUGAAGUGCCAGUGUCUGCCAUAGCGGAGCCUUCCAAGCAGUGCAACCCCUGCUCCGCCGUGCAGAGCACCCCCAAUGGCAGCCUGCCCUAUGGAUACUUUGGCAGCGGAUAUUAUCCCUGCAGGAUGAGCCACCACAACGGCAUCAAGUCGUGCUCCCAGCCCUCUUCCUUUGCUGAAAAGUACAUGGACACCUCGGGCUCCGCGGGGGAGGACUUCGCCUCCAGGCCUAAGGAAUUCGCCUUUUAUCAAAGUUACCCCCCUGGACCUUACCAGCCUGUGCCCAGCUACCUGGAUAUGCCCGUGGUUUCUACCAUUGGCUCUACAGGGGAGCCCAGGCACGAGCCUUUACUGCCUAUGGAUGGAUACCAAGCGUGGCCCAUCACUAAUGGCUGGAAUGGGCAGGUUUAUUGUGCCAAGGAUCAGGCCCAGCCAACCCACCUCUGGAAAUCGUCUCUGCCGGAUGUCGUGCAUCAGUCAGACAGCAGCUCGUACAGAAGGGGCAGGAAGAAGAGGGUCCCUUAUACCAAGGUACAACUGAAGGAGCUGGAGAGGGAAUAUACUACCAAUAAAUUCAUCACCAAGGAUAAGAGGAGAAGGAUAUCUGCCAACACCAACCUCUCAGAAAGGCAGGUCACUAUCUGGUUCCAGAACAGGAGGGUGAAGGAGAAGAAGGUGGUCAAUAAACUGAAAAGCACGAGUUAAUGCUCAGGGUACUGCAGAGUAUUCCUCCCCUUGGAACUGAACCAUCUUCACCAGCCCAUACAGGCCGAACCCCAAGCCCUUUCACAUGGUACAAAAACGAUGAUUUGAGGGUACAGGUAAAAACACAUUUGCUAUGUAAUAUUUGGGGAAAGCCAAGACUCACAGUGUGAUGGAAUCUUAAAAAAAAAUUGAAGCUCUUAAUAAUCGGAAUUAAUGUAACCCUCCCCCCCCCAAAAAAAACAGACAGUCGCAAAUAGAAUUUCGACGCAAUACGAAAUGAAUAGUGAUUUUAAAGACUUUUGCAUGUAAUCAAGCAGCGAUUAAAUCGAGAGUGUAAUGAUCCAGAGUGCAUGCUGAGUAACUGCUCAGGUAAAUUAUACAUAUAUCUACAUUCUACAUACAUUGUCAUAUAAUGUGAGUGUAUUGAUCGUUCAUGUUGUUGUCCUUGUAUUUUUUUCCGAAGCUUUGUACAGCUUUUAUUUUUUUUCCCCCGUUAAUUUUUUAUUUUAUUUUUAUUAUUAUAAAUGUUUGGACUGAUGGACCUUUUAGAUAUUACGAAGCGAUACAAAGCGUAGAAAAUACUAAUGUUACUUGCUAUGUCACUGUCGUCCGAAGGCAGAGCAGCAAAUUGAUUUAAAAGGACUAAAACAUUAUGAAAUCUGAAUAAUCUGUAAAUAUUAAAAAAAAAAUCACCGAUUAUUAAAAGGGAAGAAAACACCUGCAUCUGAGCAAAUAGUUUAAUGAAAACCGUUAUGUCGGGGUUCAUUAAUCCUACAAGAAGCAAUAUGCAUUUUAGGUUGGGAAUGUAUUAUUAUUAUUAAAAUUUGCAAUCACUUUGUUCAUUUUAAUUCGGCAGAAAAAAAAAAUAGCCAGUGGUGUCCAGCACUUUUAAUCAAAAUAGAUAUGUGAACGAAACACUAUUUUCUUGGCUUAUUCACUCUAAAAUGGUAUCUUGUAAAUAAUAAAUCAGAGCACCGUGAACAUGUAUUUGUGCACAAUUAAUUCCUCUUUUUUUUUUUUUUUACUAAAUAUAAAUUGAUGUAUGGGUUAAAUCCGUCCAGUGUUAUAAAAUGUGAAAGGUAUUAGCUGUAUAUGUGAGGUGUGAUGUAUGCUUAAACCCCCUAGAAGCUUUUUUUUGGGGAUAUUAUACAUAAUAAGUACGGUGUGUUUAGUUAGCAGUUAAUAAGCAUUUGCAGCAAUGUAAACAAAAUAUGGCAGCACUACUAAUCCUGCAUGAACUCCACAGAAAAAAAAACGCCCCCAUGUGCGAUUAGAGGUGGAAAACCCUAUCAUUAAUUCUUUAUUGUUAGAUCAAACCUGCCUUUCCAG